GCGGAAGAAAUCAAAUAACUGGUAUUCGGUCUAGCAAUGACGAGCAAUUCUUUGCGAUCGUAUCCCAAAAUUUCAAAUCUCUAACAGGUUUUCAGUCGUAGCGAAAAUGGCGACGAGAGUGAACAGUUUGUUGGAAUGCAGUUCAUUUGUUAUUAUUUUGGCUUGCUGUGUGGCAUUGAGUUUACUCUCAACCGAAAUCAGUGGUAAAGAUGCAGCCUGUGGAUGGAGGAAGAUAAAUCUGCAACAAUUGGUCACCCAUGGAUACACAAGCAAGCCGGGUGAAUUCCCGUGGCACGCAGCAUUAUUUAUGAAGGCGGGUUUCCAAAAGACCUACAUAUGUGGUGGAACGCUGGUGAACGAGCUGAGCAUUGUCACUGCAACUCACUGUGUGGUGGAUCCCAGCACAGCAGAAGUGUUCUCCCCGGAAAGUCUGUAUGUACAAUUGGGAAAGUUCAAAUUGAAUCUGUACGGCGACACGGUGCAAGAACACGCCGUCCUGCAGGUCAUUACACACGCAGAGUUUCAACCAGUGACGAGCAAAUAUGACGUGGCGGUAUUGAAAUUAGCUACCCAGGCGAGGUUCACGGAUUACGUGCAGCCAAUUUGCGUAUUCCCUCAGCCAGUGGUAAACUUCAAUGAUGGUUCCGAAAAAGGUAUCGUGGUGGGAUGGGGCUAUACUCAGUACGAUACGAUAUCGGAUGCCCUCCAGGCGACAACGGUGCCGUUGGUAAGCUAUACCAAGUGUUUGGAGAGUAAUCCCGAUUUGUUUGAUAGGACAAUUUACGAUGGGAUGUUUUGCGCAGGAUACACAAAUGGAACAAACGUCUGCAACGGCGACAGUGGCGGUGGAUUGUACGUCACUCGGAAUGGCGUUUGGUAUCUGAUAGGAAUUGUCUCGUUUACGGCUGCCCGCGAGGCUCAGACGAGUUUGUGCAGCACUAAGGACUACACAGGAUUCACAAAAAUUGCGGCCUUUGAAGAGUUCAUUGUGAAUUCCUGUGGACUUGUGGUAUCUUCCCAGAUCAACCAGCCGGUCGAUCAACCUGGUGGCAAAAGACAGAAGUAUAUUUACGCAUCGAAUUUUGAUUUACAUAGAAAAAUAAACUGGUUUCAAGCAGCGGAUUAUUGCCGUUCAAUUGGAAAGCAUCUGGCAGAGAUAAAGUCAGCACAGGAUAACGCAAAAGUUAAGGACAUCGUGCGAUUGGGUGGAAUGGAGCUAGAUGAGGAUGGAGUAUCCAGGGUUAAGCAAUACUGGAUUGGGGCAAACGAUCUGGCGGUGAACCGUGUGUUCAAAUGGCAAUUCAGUGGGAAACGUGUGACCUUCACUCAUUGGAGGCAGAAUGAGCCCAACAAUAUGCACAAUAAAGAACACUGCGUGGCAGUUUUGGGUAAUAAGCAAGCUUUCUGGUUGGAUGCGAAUUGCAAAGCGAAACGGCAGGUUCUAUGUGAGUUUUGGAAAUAAAACAACCAAUGAAUAGUUCUGA